CUCUUGUCUUAUCAAAGUGUAGUUGUGGUGUCACUACAUUUACACGAAAACAUAUAAGACCCUCAAGUAGUAAGACAUCGUUCGGCGCUACCUCGACAAGGGCGAUGCGAAGUUGACGAGCAACAUGGCCAAGCACGCCAAGAGCUGCUGGGGGCCAGAGGCAUAUGAUGCCGCACAAGAGACUAAAUCAGCAGUAGCAGCACGUGAAGGCGUCAUCAAAAACUUACUGAAAUACGGCACUAUCACGUCCUCUUUCGAAAGAACAUCUAAGGGUAAAGUGACCUAUUCACAUAGGCAACACACGAAGACUGAAACCAAGGCAGAGAUCGUGCGUUGGGUCUCGGAAAGCCUACGACCAUUUGAGACUGUCAGUGACCGAGGAUUUCAGUCGUUGAUGAAGACGGGGCGUCCUGAAUACUACCUACCUUCACCUUCCACGGUGUCACACGACGUGAAACUUGUAUUCGCAAAUGUUUGA